AUGUAUUGGACUUUAAGCCUCGCCUUGGCCACAUUAGGCCAGGCCUAUGGGUGCUGUACCCCAGAGCGUGGCAUUGAUGCUUCAACCUCAAGCCCUCUCACGGCGCAAACCCUCCUGAGUCGAGGUAUCGAGGCGCUCGGAGGGUCGGAAAACAUGGCCAACAUUACAACAUUGACAUACGUAGGCGGAGAUAUCUACCGAACAAGGUCAAUGCUGGAAAGCUACGACCUCGUUGGGGUCGACAUACCCUUCUCGACAAUCGGCAACCAGAAUGUUUCCUUCUCGUUUGAUGGCCCGUCCAUCAAACAGAGAAUUGAGAGGAACCAUCAAUUGGGUCCGUAUUGGGGCUUUGCUCGAGCCGCACUCCAGCCAAUGGACUUUACUCUAGUCGUGCAUGGAGGUAAUCAGGGGUUCGCUUCAGUUGUCGAGGGCAGCGCCUCUCUCUUUGCCCCCGGAGCACCGGCGUCAGGGUUCACAGAUGGUCUUCUGGCAUCCUACCUUAUUCGUGAAGCGCAUAGGCUGUCUGCUGCUCGAGUUUAUGACGCUGUUCUCGGUCUAUCGGUCAUUUUUGAUCCCGCAACUAACUUGCCUUACAUGAUUCGCUCCUACGAGAACCAUGGAGUGAUUGGCAAAUCGACGCAGGACUUGGUCCUUCAGCAUUACACCGCUGUGAACAACGUCAUGUUCCCAACACGUUUCAAGUCUAUUUACAACGACCACAAUGUCAUCGCAGACUUUACAGUCCGGGAAGUACUCAUCGACAGUGUGGCCAGCACCGCCUUCGAAGUCACUGGCGAUCUUAGGCCGGAUAAUGUGCCCACCAACAGUUCGCUCUAUAGCUCUACGGAAGUCGGAGAGUUCUUCGAGAGUGCUGUCUGGAGUGGGGAGUAUCGUGGAACCUUUGCGAAUAUCAAGGCGACCAAUCCAUCUCCCGACCUUCCGGGGCUCUGGCUACUGGUCGUUGAGGAUGCCAACCUCUAUCGACAGAUUGUGUAUGAGCUCGACGACUAUGUUGUCGUGGCUGAUUGCCCGCCUCACCAGAGCUUGCUGGUGAUUCGCUGGGUCAAGGAGAAGCUUCGGAAGCCUAUCAAAUAUGUCUGGCCCUCGCAUCAUCACCAUGAUCACAUCUGGGGCAUCACGGACUAUGUCAAGGCUGGGGCCAAGGUCCUCACCGUCGAUAUCGCGCGCGACUACUACUCUGCCAUUCCUCGGGACAAGUUUGUUACGUAUAGGUCAGUCGUCGAUCUCCUUCAGUUGCGUUUCUCAGGAUCUGAGUUCUAA